GCUAACUUUUUUUUUUGCUUUGGUCAAACUUUUGUGACACUUUGACAGCUUUGAAUGCAAGUUUUCUCAAUUUCCCAGUCAGCCUUGUGUUCCCUGAACGCACCUUCAUUUAGGCAAGCACUCUGCCGUGCACGAGAAAAGGAGGGUCCUGAAAAUACAAGCAUCCUAGAACCAGAAGAAGUGGGUGGGACCUAGGUGCAGCCGUAGGUAGAAGCAACGGUGAGUCGGCGCUGGAACUUUACUCUGUCCUUUUGCUUUCAGACUCGGUAGAAAGUCGUCGGUUAAGAGCUCCACUUUGGUACUACAUUCUCCUCCUACAAUGGCAGCAAUUGGAAACCGUGGAACAGUGACAGAGGCGGCUGGUUUUGAUGCAGACGCUGAUGUCCAGAAGCUCAGAGGAGCCAUGAAGGGAGUCGGCACGGAUGAGGCAGCCAUCAUCGAGGUCCUGGCUCAUCGUACCAUUGCGCAGAGGCAGCGCAUCAAAGAGGCCUACAAGCAGGCUGUGGGGAAGGACCUGGCCGAUGACCUGUCCUCGGAGCUGACUGGCAACUUCGAGAGUGUCAUCCUGGGUCUGCUGAUGCUGCCGCCCGUCUAUGAUGCCUAUGAGCUGAGAAAUGCAAUGAAGGGGGCUGGUACUGAGGAGGCUUGCCUCAUCGACAUUCUGGCCUCAAGGUCCAACGAUGAAAUACAAGCCAUCAAUGCAGUCUACAAAAAAGAAAACGGGAAAAGCUUGGAAGACGCUGUGGUGGGGGACACAUCUGGAAUGUUCCAAAGAGUUUUGGUCUCUUUACUCACGGCGGGACGAGAUGAAAGCGACACGGUGGACGAGGCCCAGGCCGUUAAAGAUGCCAAGGAUAUCUAUGAGGCCGGAGAGGCUCGAUGGGGCACCGAUGAGGUCAAAUUCCUCACAGUGCUGUGUGUGAGGAACCGAAAGCAUCUGCUGAGAGUAUUCGAGGAGUAUAAGAAGAUUUCAGGGAGAGAAAUUGAGGACAGCAUCAAGAGGGAGAUGUCCGGUUGCCUGGAAGAUGUCUUUCUAGCCAUUGUGAAGUGCAUGAGGGACAAGACGGCUUUUUUUGCAGAACGAUUAUACAAAUCAAUGAAGGGGCUGGGCACCACAGAUAGUGUCCUCAUCAGAAUAAUGGUCUCCAGGGCUGAAAUUGACAUGCUGGACAUUAAGGCACAGUUCCUGAAGAUCUAUGGGAAGACUCUGUACUCUUUUAUUAAGGGAGACACAUCUGGUGACUACCGCAAGGUCCUGCUGGAGCUGUGUGGGGGCGAGUAGAGGAGCAAUCCGAACAACAUCCAGACCCGUCUGUGUUCUGCGAAACACACCAUGAUAGCUUCUCUUUUUAAAUGUUCUCUUCCUAGCCUUUCCCUUUUUUCUUAAUUAACACAGUGCCUUGUUUUACAGUUUGUAAUACCAAUUAAACCAAAGACCAGUGACCUUUUACACAUGUCUGCCUUUUUGUUAUUGAUCUUAUGUCAGGGAUUAAAUAAUGGCAGAGGAGAUCUCCAGACACGUCUCACAUCUUUGAAAAGUAAAAAGAUGAAUGUUAACGUCCUCCCGCUGCCUCUCUAUUCCAUUUGUAUAAUUGGCUGCUCCUCUUCACGUGUCAACCUUUUAUCAUUUGACUCAAUUACAUUAACAGCUCGGUUUGGUUGGCAGCAAAGUGCGCUCUCAUUAAGUUAAAGAGAAUGUGUCAUAGCUCUUGGAAAGCUCAAGUUCCACCGCAGUUGUACUCACGGUGACCACCAGGCGGCAGCAUAAGAGUUCUCCAUCUUCCCCUCUAAGUGGCAGCUCUGUUUUCAACAGUGCAGGACAAUCUUCACGGAUCUUUUUGACUCAACUGUUGUUCUGCUAAAGGACAUAACUCAUCAGCUUUUAUCUCUCUGUAAAGUCAAAUUUACAGCCUUUCCAUUGAUUAACCUUGAAUUUCUUAAACUCAUCCAAAAUCUUGUCACAAUUGUUUUUCCACUAAUUCUACUCUAUUUUUCAAAGAGUUCUCUCAAAAGGUAUUUAUCACUUCCUUAGAACUUCUGUAUAAAAUUCUGCACAGUCAUGUCAUUUAGCUGAGGCUAUAAUAUUUCACAAUUUGAUAAACAAACCAAACACUGAUGCUAAGAUUAAAGAAAUCAAUCUGUUUAGUAUUUUGGACAUUUUUUGCAGCUUUAAGAUUACAGCUGGCAGGAUUUUCAGUGAAGCAUGUUGAGAAAUUUGCGUCAAAGUCAAAAGUUUUUUAAAAUUUUUAUCUCACUGAAUAUUUGGUGUGCCAAAUCCUCAAAAUGACUUUUGAUGAGUGACUGCAUUCGUCAUUGUUUUAAGAUCCUCACAUUUGAGUGAAGUGUUCUGGAUGAUGUGCCCUACUGAACCACAAGAAAUGCAUACAAUUUAGCCUUCGCGGCAAAAUAAUGAGAAGAAACAUAAUCAGUGAAACCUCAUUAGAUCUAUUGUUCAUGAUAUUACAAUUCAGAGUAACAUAUUCCAUUCAUGUCUUUGUCAUUCGGUGACCAUCUGGUGAAAGUAUCGGUUAUGAUUUGAUGAAAAUUCCAGCAAGGCAGAGUGAUUAUCUCAGAGGUGCACAGCUUUUGUGAGAGGUUUUAGUCCCCAUAUAGUAGCAAUCCUAGUUGCUGUAACAUAUAUUUGAAAACAUUUUGAUGGGAAAAUCUUUGCCUUUCUCCAUAAUGAGCAUGAACGUAUGCACAAAGUGAAACACUAUGAAACAGUUGGCAGCAUUCCAUAUGUAACCAGCAGUACAGAAGGUACAUAUUUGCCAGAUUGUUGUUCCUGUCUCUCUAAUUGAACAAAAGUUUCAAUUAAUUUAGUUUGACCAUAUUGGAAGGAGCCACUUGACACCAUUAAUCUUUGUUAAAAUAG